AGAAAAAGCAAUAAACCCAACAAUGAACUCUAUACGGGACGUUCACUUUAACACAGCAUUACUGAAUCCGGCCUAGCGGCCCGCAAGUUACCCCUCUCCCUCCGACAAUGUCUCCCACCAUCACACAAAGCCACCAUGACGGACCUCAUCGCCGGCAUCUCCAAGCUCCAACCCUUCUCCAACAAGCAAAGAAGAGCCGAGGACGAGGACGACGUAGGCGACGUUAUCGACGCGAACACCGUUGCCGGAGGCGGACAUGCAUCUCGCCAGUCCGCAAUCACCAAGGACCAGCUGCGCGUCAGCAGAGCACUGAAAACGUUUCUGGCAGAAAAAGGUAUCUUCAGUGAAGACGAAGCGCAAGAGCUUCUAGCCUCAGAGCAACCUACGCGUGCAUUGCGCGAAUUCCUGAACAGAUCGCACAUCGUUGUCCCGCCCGAUGUCGUCGAUAGAAGCCAUCCGCUGCCAGACUACUAUAUCAGCUCCAGCCACAACACGUACUUGGUAGCUCACCAGCUCUAUGGUCAGUCGUGCACGAGUGCGUACGAGACUGCUCUGUAUACCGGUUCGCGAUGUGUGGAAAUCGACGCUUGGGAUGAUGACACCAACAGAGACGAGCCCAAGGUGACGCAUGGGUACACACUCGUGUCCAACAUCUCCUUCCGCUCCGUCUGUGAGACGAUUCGCGAUGUCAUCGAUAAAGAGGCUAGCGAGGGCAGCAACGCGGCACCCAUCAUGAUUUCCCUUGAAAACCACUGUGACGCCCACGGCCAGCUUCGCCUGGUCCACAUCAUGAAGGAAGUCUGGGGCGACCGGCUGCUCAGCAAAGACAUCCGCGACAAGGGCAAACGAGAGGAGGAGGGAAGCGGCGAGCAUGUCACUCUCGCCGAGCUGGGCAACAAGAUCGUCGUCAUUGUCGAAUACCAUUUACCCAACGAAGCAGACGACACCAGCGACAGCUCCUCUAGCUCGGACGACGAACAAGAGCGAGCCGCACACCAAGCCUACCGUGAAAAGAAAAAAACCACCAACGCCGGCCCCAUCAUCCCCCAACUCGCCGAACUAGGCGUCUACGCGCAAUCCGUCAAACCCCCAAACCCUUCCUGGUUCGAAAGCGUCCUGGAAAACGCGCCGCACCACCCACUCAUCAACGUCUCGGAGACGCAGCUCCUGACACACAUGCCUGCGCACAACGCAAAGAUCGCAAAACACAACGCCCAGCAUCUCAUGCGCGUGUAUCCCAAGGGCACGCGCAUCUCGUCGCGGAACCUCCGGCCCGUGCCCUUCUGGGCCGUCGGCGCCCAGAUCUGCGCGUUGAAUUGGCAGACGUUUGGCGCGAGCUCGCAGCUCAACGAGGCGCUGUUCAGCGGUUCGAAUGGCUAUAUUCUCAAACCCGCGGCCCUGCGACGCGGUGGGACGGGAGUGCUUACGGCGGGAAGGAGGAAGAGGCUCAGAUUGCACGUCGCUGGCGCCACGGAUAUACCUGUGCCUGCCGACCGCGACGACGAGAUCAAACCGUACGUAACAUGCACGCUCAUCCACCCAGACGAUCUGGAAUAUAAACCGCCGAAGCGGAAAACGAAGCCUUACAAGCCUCAUAAAUUGACGGGUUUCCUGCACGGGGAGAAUCCACCUUCUACAGACCCCAUGUGGGACGAGGUCCUCGAAUGGGAGUACGAUGACAAUGAGCUUGUUUUUCUGCGCCUGCUUAUAAAGAGCGAUGAUAGUUUCGCGAGUAACCCGACGCUGGCGGUCGCUGCGCUGAGGGUUAUGUAUGCGGCGCCCGGGUGGAGUUUUAUCAGGAUGUUGGACCUGGGUGGGCAUGAGACGAGGUGUAGUCUGCUUGUGAAGUUGGAGAUUGGGGAUGUGUGAGUUUUUGAUUUGAUGUUGAGACGCGUGGAUGUAGUGCCACGACCUUUUGAAUUCUCCCUGCGCGAGGUGGGAAUGGAUGCUUCACUCUUGAAGCAGCUCCAGGCAAGUUGAGGUAUUAACGGCCGCUUAAUAUCCACACAGUGUGUGUUCGCAUCCCAGAUCUUUAUAACCACUACUCCUCGAUAGGGCCUGCGCUCAAACAUAUCACAGUGCAAGUCAACCUAGCA